AUGACGGACAAAGAAAAUGAGAAAAAGACAAUUGGUUCUUCAAUAGUUACAACUGCAUCAUUUAGUAGUUUUGUAGAUCUAGAUUUGGAUGAUGGAUAUGCUAAAUAUUUGGAAAAUCGUGGAAAAUGUAUUAAUAAUACUGAAUUGGAUAUAUAUUUGGCCGAGACAACGGAAAAGAAAAUGAAGGGAGAUAAUUUUUAUGUACUAAGCUGGUGGAAUCGCAAUUCGGGCAAGUACCCUAUACUUUCUCAAAUUGCAAAAGAUGUUUUGGGAAUGCCAAUUUCAACCGUUGCUAGUGAGUCGGCAUUUAGUACCAGUGGUGGUAGGGUUAUUGAUAAAUUUAGAAGUUCUCUUACACCAAAGACUGCCGAAGCGUUGAUAUGCACACAAGAUUGGCUACGUUCUACACCAUCGGAUUUGCAAGAGACGACUAUUCAUGGACUACAACUACAAGAACUAACGGUGAAUUUGGAGAAACUAGAAAUUGGUAACCACUAA